GCGUUAUACGGUUCCGAUAGAUGGCGCUCUGCCUCUCGAUUUGACAACGGAAAAAGUGACACAGUAAACGGUCUUUUUUGGACUGUAUUAUAUGGGUGAGCCCUCACUGAAUCUCCAAUGAGUAGGAAGGGUUCAGCAGCAAGCGUCAGUGCAAAGUCUGUCAAGGGCAAACACCAUGAAACCAGUAACGAUCCUGUAACGGCCGAAAUCAAGGCAGCAUACAUCGCUGUCCUGAACCAGACAGACAAGGACAUCUCUUCAAAAGAUGAACUGGAGAAAGUCCUCCAGCAAGCAGGCAGAAACCCUUCACAGAAGACCAUUGACAAAUACUGGACCAAAAACACAAAGAAACUAUCAUUCAAGGAGGUAUCCGAGAUCAUCAAGGAGCUGAAACCAACCACCGAAGACGAUCUACUUGCAGCUUUCAAGAAGAUAGAUGUCAAUGGUGAUGGAUUCAUUACACAGAAGGAGCUCUCUCGCAUUCUCACACAGAGAGGUGAUCGAAUGAGUGAGAAGGAAGUUGAUGAUAUGAUUGCAGAAGCUGAUUCAGAUGGUGACAAGAAAUUGAAUUAUAAAGAAUUUUGUCAGAUGGUAAUGUCAACAACCAGUCGUUGUCAAGAGAGUAGUUUGAAACGAUUGGAAAGAAAAGAGAGAAAACAGAAGAGAGCACUCAAAUCUGCUGCAUCAAGCAAGAAAAAUUCCAGUCUAGCAUCAGAAGGAAGUAAGAAGAAAGAAGAGAUGGGUAUCGAGAUGAGCCUCCCACCGGUCAGCAAACAGCAACCAUCGAUAAAGGAGCCCAGUAACAUCACCGAUUGGUACCACACGCACACCAAGGGAUCCUUUCACCUUGACGAUGAACAGAAGAUAAUCUCUCACCAGUAUGUGCUGCAGGUGGAUGUCAAGACCAAGCUCUGGUUGACUGUCAAACCUAUCAACGUAGGAGUGGUGAAAGCUUCUACCAAAGUUCCUAAGACAGAUGUUAAUAUAUUCAUUGUGAAACAAAACGAUCAUGGGAUUCUGGGUGAUGUUGUCUGCUUUACAAAUGUCAAGAACAGAGAGAAAUACUGUGUCCAGUGUGAGUUGCCAGCUGGUUCAUACCGUCUUCUUCCCAUGACAACAGGAUGUCAUUUUAAGCCUAGGACAAGAACCGUUAGAGAGAAGACUAAACUCAUCCAACCUAAAGGAGAUGAUGAAUGUGAACUCACCAAAGAAUUCAAGAAUGCAUUGAAUAGUAUCUAUGAGAUGGUCGAUUUAGACAGCAACGGUACGCUGAGUAGGAAUGAAUUCAACAUGUUUCAGUUAAGGACCGGUGGAGAAUCGGUUGAUGAUGAUGCGUGGGAGGUGGUGGAAGAAAACUUUGAACUCAAGAAAGGAGAACUCACAAGAGAGGGAUUCUUGGAUCUGAAUGAGAUGGAAGCAAACGAUGGAUACGCUGAAGGAGGAGAGGUCGAUGACCUCUGGGUCACUCUAUCUUCCAUGGGAUUUGCAGAUGAUCUUGUACUUGAUGAGGCAUGCCCGUUCAGGGUAGAUAUCUACACCGAGCACUGCCCAGCAGUGGUCAGAGCCCAACCCCUCCAGCGCGGUGGACCGACGUUACAGAAGAUCAUCGGUCAAUCGGUCAUCCAUGCUGCAGGCUUCACUAGGGUCAAGACCAUUGGACAGGUCAAGCUACAUACAUACAUGGGCGACGGACGGGUUACAUUCGUCUUGGAGAACACUGGUUCGAAGAGAUGUAGCAUGAAGCUGGACUGCAGUAAGUGUGAGAACUGUCUCGCCAAUCACGAUGAUAAGAUACAGACUGUACAAUGCCUUGCUGGAUCUGUGACAAUUGGUUUUCAUCUAGUUCCCAAAGAAGAGAACAAAGAAUGGAUAAUUAACUGCCAAGAGACAUUACUGACCUCAUGAUGACGGUAGCUCAUCAUCCUCUUGACCAUGACACCACCAUGAUAGCUGACCUCUCAUCAAGGGAUACUUCACGCUGGAGAUUAUUAUAUGUCAAUAAUUAGAGUAAAAUUCACAAAGCAAAAUACUGAAAAUUUGAUCAAAAUGG